UCAAUUAAUUUUGUUGUACACCUCAUUUCUCAGCAACUUGGAAGAAUGCACUACUGCAAUGAAAACGAAGGGCAUUUGCCCAAUCCUAUUGGCAUAAUGAUGUUCAUCGUCAUUAUCUUUGGCUUCGGCAUCAAGUUUCUCGAGGAAUAUUGCUCCAUCUUACCUCCUCCUACGAGACUUGACGAUGAAAAGGGGAAAAAGGCGAGACGACCUGCCGUAUACUUGCUAAAAAUCCCUUUCGGACUUUUCACGUCAUGUCUGCUACUGCCCAACUUGGUGGCGGUAUACAUUCCAAAUUACAUCCGGGCAGCGAACACCAUGCUCAUGUCCAAUGCCAAUUUCGAAGGAGAAGAUCUUCGAGUCAUCUUGCCUCCCGAUGAAUUCUCUCGCGUGUGCUACAGAGAGGAAAUGGGUUUCUUGAUCCAAUGUACUCUGACGGCCGCUGAAAUACUCGCAUUUCAUUUUGAUUUACCAAACGUCGUCUGGGCGCAUCACAUCGUGGCGAUGAGCCUCGCAUUGGGGCGGCUUUAUGCCUGGUGCUAUCCAAUUACUCUGAUGUCGGAUUGGCUAUGGUUGGCAGUAGUAGUUCAUUUGACCAUCUAUUCAUUGAACUUUGUUCGGAGUUGCUAUUCCUUCUUGCGACAUUUCUUGACCCGAGAAGAUAAUUUGUCCGGAAUUCCGACAAUGAAACAUCUUUUUCAUUGUACCAAUGUCGGUUCCUGGAAAAUAAUUGUUUCUGCGUACGCUUUUUCCUCAGUGGUUGCCGUUCUCAGCGAUGGCGGGAAAACUGAACAGGCACUCCUGUGCUUGGCAUUUGUUGCACCACUGUUUUAUGGAUCGUUUCAGGAAAUGCGCCGGUGGAGAUCUUCGUCCAUUUCGGAUGGUUUCCCGACAAGAAUGUUUGUGCAAGUCACUGUCGAGAUAAUGGUUGGGUUGUUCUUGGGACCCAUUCUACUAUUCCUUGACUUUCUUUUUCCCCAUGCGAUGAAGAAAUUUAGCAAGAAGACUUCUCACAAGAAUACAGCCGGAGGUGUUGUUGCACUUCGUGCACUUUGUAACGCGUCCUCGGAUUCUCGGCUGCACAUCGAUGAUCCCUAUGCCAUUCGGUUUGUCCAAAGGGGUGUUCUCCAUAUAGUUGUCAAAAGCGCUGUCUUGCGAUACCUCAUGACCCUCAAACUAGAGGUCCAGCACCCUGGUGCCUUGGGUCAUCUCAUUACAAGGACCAAGACCAUUGACGAAAUCAUUUUGGAUUUGACCUCCAGAAAGAACAAGCCCGUGCGUCAAUUGGUAAUUUUGGGAGCGGGCUAUGAUACCCGAGCAUAUCGAUUGAAGUCUCUGAAGGAUGUUCUUGUUCUAGAAGUUGAUCAGCCCUUCAUGUCCAGUGAAAAGCAGGAAAAGUGUGCGGAUCUCAAGCCUCUCUGUAAGGAGCUUGUUCACCUCUCGACGGAUUUCAACAAAGAGAGCGUUGCAGACGUCAUGAAUGGUUGCGACAAAUUCGAUCCAAAAAAACCUACGCUCUUUCUCUGGGAAGGUGUACAAGUGUAUCUAUCGGAUGAUAGCGUUGACAAGUAAGUGCAAGAGAAGCAUAGAUUGGAGUUCAGAAUUGAACUGUGCACUUUGUUCCUCAUUGUCAUUUUGUUGUUGUUUUCAUCAUUGCAGAAUGUUCGCCAGCCUCUGUACUUUGGGCCAAAAACUGCUGGACCCCGCACACUAUCUUUACUUUACGUUCAGCGACAAAAAGCUCAUGACUCCAGAAGGUCGUAAGAGCAUCUAUGGCGGAGAAGAAUUCUUUGAAUACGCGGGCGGUAUUGGUGAGAAGGUCGAAUCAGGCAUCGACCCAAACGGCAUCAAGGACUAUCUACUGACUCGGGGCUUUGAUAUUUAUAAUUACAGUCCACGCUCUGGCCUUUCCGGUCACAUGACACCAAGUCAAAAGCAAGAUAUGUAUCUAUCCAAUCAUCCAUUCAUUGUCCAAAGCGAAGUCUUCCACAGCGGUCUCAUUAAGAAUGUUGCUUUGUGGACAGACAGCAAGAUCGUUUCGUGAUUGGGUACUCGUAAUUGUGCGCAAUGUUCAAGCAAACGAAGCAGGAACUGUUGAGGGACAGACGUUUGCGCACGCGUCCACCGAUACAAAAGAAUUUAUGAAUUUAUGAAUACAUGUCAUGGGGUAAA